AUGGCUUCGUAUGUUAUUACUGGUGCUUCCAGAGGUCUCGGCCUUGAACUCACCCGUCAGCUGUCUGCCCGCUCUGAGGUUGGUAAAAUCUUUGCCACGGCUCGAGGCGAUUCUCCCAAGCUCCAGGAGCUCGCUAAGGCCUCCUCAGGCCGUAUCGUUGUUAUCAAGCUCGAUGUCUCAGACGAGGCUGCGGUAAAGAAAGCAGCAGCUGAAGUCGAGAUCGGCUUGGCCGGCAAGGGACUCGAUGUGCUGAUCAACAAUGCCGGAAUUAGGCAGUUUUCUCAGAAGGGAACCAGCUCAAUGGAAAAUCUCCAAGAAAGUUUCACAACCAAUGUCCUCGGUGUUCACUGGGUGACCAGGGCAUUCAUCCCCCUGUUGCAAAAAGGAAACCAGAAAAAAAUAGCUAAUAUCUCAUCUACUGUCGGCUCUAUCACAUAUGCUCGCUUGGUUCAACCCAUUCCUGCUCCUGCCUACAAAAUCACCAAGACGGCUGUUAACGCCCUGACCGUUCAGUACGCACUCGACUACGAAAACGAGGGUUUUACAAUCUUUGCUCUCAGUCCAGGAUGGCUCCGUACCGACCUCGGUGGUGAACAGGCCGACUUGUCUGUUGAAGACGGUGCCGAGGCUACGCUUGUGAAGAUACUAAGUUCAACUAAGGAGCAGAAUGGCCAGUUUCUGAACAUCAAAGCCGAGGGUUGGGGUGAGAAGUAUGAUGGUUCUAAUGCCCCUUGGUAAAGGCUGUUGAGAUGAGCUUCAGGAGCUCUUUUGGCCACUUGCCUAUUCAAGGGCUACCAGCGCC